ACAGACGGAUGAGACCUUACCAGCCGACAUGCCGUCUCCUACUACAUUAUCGCCGAAAUGGAGCACACCGACGAAUGGGCUGAAACAAAACACCAUACUCGUCGAUGUCAGUGCAGCCUACAAGGUGGACCACUUGCUCUCAACGCAACAACCCUUAGGCCUGGCCAUCCAUUUUCCCUGGCAGCUACGGCACCUACGGACGGCAACGACUCAUACGGAGCCGAGCAUCUUGGACCGAGAUGCAAAAUCUUCCCACUCCAGAUCCAAACCUAACCAAACGGAAGGUAAGAUGUCUCUAAUUCUGUCUUUCGCAGAAAACUGGACCACGCCGGUCCAACCACCAAUCAUCAUCAAGAAGGCGCGAUACGAAUGGGUCAGCGGGGGGAGCCCUGUCCCCCAAUCCACCGAAGACCUCCUUCACGUCUUCAUUGUGCAACCACACACGGAUUUCACGUGCCUUUGUGAAAUCGGCGAGCUGUACAACGACACCUCCUGGGACGAGGUGUCUCACGAUACUUCAUGGGCCGAGCUGUUUCACGACACUUCCUGGUUCGCGAACCGCAAUAGAAAAUCGCCAGGCAAUGCAGAUGACCACGGCGAUCCAGAACGCAAGGAAGACAACAUAUCCUCAACGCACCGGACUUUCGACCGUAUCUUCGAAGUCACCCUGGCGACAACGGCCUCAUCCAGACUACCACAAGUCAUACGGCAACGAGCAUCUUGGAACGACGUGCCACACAGCUCGUCCUACCAACGAGCCAACCCGAUCAAGCAGAAUAAGGACAAUCAGCAAUCAACAAGGAGUCGGGCGGCUGCUCCAAUUAACUCCACCUUUAAUGAAAUUUUGAUCGGUACCCUCUCAACGGGGGGAGGAUGUUACGCCAGGCGACUCUCUGCCUGGCCCAGGUCACACACCGCGGGCCAGACGGACACCAGAUGUCCGCUCUUCCGUACGGCGUACCCUCAAUAGCCUUAAGCAUCCGUCAUAAACCCGAGUCACUUGCCUGCUAAGGUCCUUCAAACAAA